AUGCCUCGCAGCCGGCGCAGAGAACGGAGGGUUGAGGAGAACCAUUCGUCUGAGUCUAGACUCAGUGCCAGUGGAGCUGCUGCUUCCAGCGAGAGGGGCAGGGGGAGGGAUGGUGUGAAGGAGAGGAGCGAAGGUGCCACUUCAGGUAUGGGCGGAGGAGGGGGGACAGUGGCGGUAGCGGCCGCCGCAGCAGCAGCGGCUGCGGCCGCAGCCUUGGAUGUGUAUGAUCAAGGGACGUACAAGACAGAGCUUUGCAACAAGUGGGAGGAGAUGGGCACCUGUCCCUACGGCAACAGAUGCCAGUUUGCCCAUGGAGUGGAGGAAAUGCGACCUAUUUUGCGGCAUCCGCGUUACAAGACGGAAUUAUGUCGCAUGAUUGCUUCAGGGAAGCAAUGCCCAUAUGGCCAUCGAUGCCAUUUCAGGCACGCAAUGACACAAGAAGAACGUGCUUUCCUUUACAUGAGAUUAUAUCGAGAUAUGGGCAUGGAAGCCAAGGACGCGUUGGAAAGUCCAGGAGGGGACUCUAAUGGAUUCGUAGAUCUGGGAAGCAUUCUCGGCGGGGAUCGCUGGACAUACGUCAACGAUGACCUCACGGCCAGCACGGGGAGCAACAGCAGCGCGUCUGGUGCUAUUCCCGGCGGGGCUUCCCCGUCGCAUGACUUCUUGCACGCUACAGGGGGAGACGCACGUGCGGCGUCUGCUCUUCCCGGUUCUUCUCACGGCCGUGCAGGCGCGUGGAACGUGUAUAACCGUUUGGGUAGCAGUGUGGCUGAUGGUAUGGACUUCCCUGGGCAGAGUGGCACUGCUCGCGCUGGCAGCAGCAGCAGGACCAACGGGGUUGAUACACCAUUGAACGACGGUGUUGGUUACGUUGGGGCAGUUGGGGGCGCGGGGGGAGUGGCGCGGAGCAGCAGCAGCAACAACACGGGCGUAGGUGUUGGGAGUGGUGCGAGGUGCGUGUCUCCGUGGUGCAGCUCGGUUCGUGACUCGCUGCCGUUCCUGCUGCCCACUGAACAAGUGGUUCUGGAGGAGCCUAACACGCUACUAGUCAACACGGACACCACAGGACACCUCCUGCUCACCUCCCUCCGCAUCCUCUUCCUCUCCACCUCCCCCUCUCCCGCCGCACACCCAUCUGCUGCUGUCCCUGCGUCCCCGCCGUGUGCGCUGUCACCGCACCCCAUGGGCUCAGUGUACUUUCCAGUCAUCGAUCGAGUGGCCAAGCUGCCUCCAGGGCGACUGGCCCACAGUAGAGACCAUCUGUUGCAGGUGCACACCAAGGACGCUCGAGUGCUGGUGUAUGCGCUGCCUCCUCGCAUCUGCGCACAGGCACCCCCUGUAUUUGACACCAUCAUCCACCUGCUGCCGCGCUCGCUGCUCGAGCUACCUGUCUUCCAUCCGCCCCUUGCUGCCCUCGCCGCGCCCACUGCCGCCACCAGCACCAGCGCCAGCACUAGCAGAAGUGGCAGCAGCAGAAGCGGCAGCAGCAGCAGCAGCAGCAGCGCAGGCAGCAUUGAGGAGGGUGCCUUGCUGUCACCCACAGCACAUGCUGCCCUUAGUCCUGGCACUGCCACUCCUCCUCGUGCCAGCACGCCCCCACUCCCACCUCCUCCUGCAGCACCAGCAGCGGCAGCAGCUGCUGCAGGUGCCCCUGGGCAGGCGGGGGGUGUGCGGGCAGGGCAGGAGGCGGGAGGGGUGGUGAUGGCGGAGUGCAUGCGAGUGCUGGCCAUGCUGCCAGAGCACUGGCGCCGCCUCUGGCAGAUCAGCCCAGUCAACGCCUCCUAUGCGGCCUGCUCCUCCUACCCGCAACGCCUGCUCCUGCCCUCCUGCAUCAGUGACGAGGACGCCAUGGCAUCUGCUGCCUUCCGUGCCAGAGGCCGCUUUCCCGUCAUGUGCUGGCAGCACCCAGGCAAUGGUGCUGUGCUCAGCCGGGCAGCACAACCUCUAGUCGGCAUCCUUUCCAAUAAUAGAAGUGAUGCGGAUGAGCGUCUGGUUGCAGCGCUAGCCGGCCCUGCUCUCCCUGGAGAGUCCUUCAGGCGUCUGGUGGUGGCAGAUGCACGGCCGCGCAAGAAUGCCAUAGCCAAUGGGGCCAUGGGAGGCGGAUAUGAGUCAUCUGCCAACUAUCGCGGCACAGAGGUGGUGUAUCUAGGAAUUGACAACAUCCAUGCAGUGCGCGACAGCAUGAACCGUCUGAGAGAAUACCUCGACACCCAUGGCUCUGCCUGCUCUGAUGGCUCCUCCUCCCUGCUCAGGAGCGGCACGGGCGGGUGGACGGGCGGGUCAGUGAGCGGCACAUCGCAGGUGGUGGCGGCGCUGGUGGACUCGUGCUGGCUGCAGCACUGCCACUCGCUGCUCUCCGGUGCCGUCUUCAUCGCUGCGCAGAUCGCCAUGCAGGGCAACUCCGUCCUUGUGCACUGCAGUGACGGGUGGGACCGCACGCCGUCGCUCGUGUCACUGGCUAUGCUGCUGCUGGACCCCUACUACCGCACCUUCCAAGGCUUCCAGUCUUUAGUGGAGACGCACUGGGCGGCCUUUGGCCAUCCCUUUGCAGAUCGCUUAGGUGUGCCAGCAGAACCCCCCACCGCCUCCUCCUCCUCUCGCACCAACCCCGCUCUCUCCCUCGCCGCCGCUGCCGCUGCCAGCCCUGGUGCUCUUGCUGGUGGAGUAGGUGUGGGGUGCGGUGCUGCUGGGUGCGGUGCUCCUGUUCAUGGUGUAAAUAGUUCUGCGAGUGGUGCUGCUGCUGCCACUACUGCUGCUCCUGCUGGGGGUGCCACCGCUACUGCUGCUGGAGCUGCUGCCUCCCUGUCAUCGCUAUCAGCGUCGGGUUUCCCUGUGGCGAGCAGCAGUGUGGCAGGGUCGACGUUCCAGGCCAACAGCAGCAACAACCAGUCGCCCGUGUUCUUCCAGUGGGUCGAUGCAGUGGCACAGCUGCUGCGCCUCUUCCCUCGCGCCUUUGAAUUCUCCACGGCGUUUUUAGUGGAUCUUCUAGACUCUGUACUCUCAUGUCGCUUUGCCAACUUCCUCUGCAACAACGACAAGGAGCGCUCGCUUGCACGCACCUACCACUCCUCCACGCGCCCCCACCCUUUCCCGCACUCCCAUGCCACCCACUCGCCCGCAUCCCUCCCCCCUUCGUCUUCUGGGGCUGCUCCUGAUGCUCCAGGUGCUGCAGGUGCUUCAGGUGCUGCUGCUGAUUCUGUUGAAACCAGUGCUCUCUCCACUCGCAGUCAUGCCGUGGGGUUGGGCGAGGCACUCCGUCUCGACACAGGUACGAGUAACGGUGCUGGUGGCGGUGCCACGUCCCCUGCUCCCACCACGCCACCCUUCCUCCCCUUGCACGCUGCUUCCUGGAGCCCUUGCUUUGGGUCGGGAGGGGCAGUUCCCACCUGCCCCAGCUGUGCCCGCCCCCUCAUGGUCGUAGCAGCUGAAGAGAAUGAGCUGGAGGGGGGAGGAGCGGGACGGAAAGCAGGGGGGAGAAUAGGAGGGAUGAGGGAGGAAGGGGUCGAAGAGAGCAGUGCAGCGGCACGGGAGGAUGGGGAGUGGGAGGAGGCAAUAGAAGGGUGGCAGUACGAGUGCUUAUGGUGUGGCUUGAGUGCUUCUGGCUGUCGCAAGGCGUCUGGUAGCUGGACUGCUGCUGCAGAGGUGGAUGAUGGGGAGGUGGGAGGAAGCAGGUCGAAAGACCUGAAAAAGCUUCUUGAGCAGCAAGGUCAGCAGCAGCACCAUCGCCAGUUCACAGUCGGCGAAGCUGUGGAUGCUAAGCCCUAUGCUGGCGGUAACCGCGGUAACAGCAGUGGCACGGCGGGAACUGCGAGCAACUGCCACGGUGCAGUGUGCUCCAUGCCGGUGCCUGCGUUUGUCCGGGCCGAUUUUGAUGCCUUGCGGUGCGGGCCCAUCCCCAAUUAUGUUGGUUCCCUCUCCUCAUCCUCAUCCCACUCUGCUGGCGCGGCUGCGAUGUGA